AUGAUGAAUCUCACUUACCACCAAGAAGAUUUUAAUCUUACAGCUUUCUGGAGGUUUUCAGCUACAUCACAUGGUAAAGGACCAGUUGAUGGAAUCGGUGCUGCAAUCAAAUCUCGUGCAACACGUUAUAUUUUAACAGGUACACCGGAAAGAGCAUUUCUUUCACCAGAAGAUCUAUUCAAUUACAGUAAACAAGCUAAUGACCACCAAGUUAUGAAAGGUGAUCUUGAGCCUAAUCGUCCGAUCGAAGUAUUUUAUAUAAACAAAACUGAUAUAGAUAAUACACACAAAACAACUCUAGAACCAAGGUGGUCACCUUUGUCGAAAACCAAAUGGCUCGAAAGAAUUCAAAGCAAACAUCAGUUUGACCCACUUGGUGUUGGUAAAAUCAAAUGCUUUCAAAUCUCCAGUUCCAGAGAAUUUGAAAUUUUUGAAUUACUACCAGAACUUAUCUAA